GCAGCAGCAGCAGCAGCAGCAGCAGCAGCAGGCGACCGGAUGGGCGGGCGACGGCGGCACAUGACCAGAUCCGUCGAGAGAUGGCGGAGAAGUUCCCGUUCUGGCCGUUUCUGGACUCCUUGCUUCUUCACGGCGUUUGGUGGAUGUCGUUCAGGAGCACAUCAUUGGGCCUCAUCGAUAUCGAUGGAACAAGAAGCUGGACAAAUCCAGGUUGGGAUUUUCGGCAUACCGGUACACCUUGGCGAAAAUUGUUAAUCUCGUACGACGCACUUCUUCUCGUUCUUCAACGUGGGUGGUUGUCAUAGUUUUGUGUUUUUCUCUUUUUUGUCAAUUAUCAUGGAUAACACACAAACAACGGAUGGCAAAUGUCUGCUAGUGGCUGAUAGGGCCGGAUGCUUUCCGGCGUGCCUUAUCUUGAGGCAAUUUACCAUUUUUUUUGGCCCACCGCCAUGGGAG